AUGUCCACGCUCUCUGCCACAGCUUGCGCAAAAGCCGUCUCCCGAUGCCGCCGUCUACACGGUUUCUUCUUCCUAGACCUCCCAAAGCAAGUUCGACUUUCAAUCUACCAUGAGCUGUUCGCAGGAAACACGCUAAAAGUCUGCAGCUGGCUCAAGACCUACGAAGGAGAAUUUGCCGCUGGUGAGAGAUGCCAGAUCUUGUUGACAUGCAGCAAAAUCUUAAGCGAAGCCUGUGGCCACUUCUACUUUCAUAACAGAUUCGAGUUCACCAGUCAGUCGUCUAUCUGCUAUUUCACCUGGCACGACGUCCAUCCUGCAAAAUGGGCUAACAUCACCGCAAUUGUUCUUACCAAGACCGAGCUCCUGCCUGACUUCAAAAAACAUGUCGGCAAAUUCAGCAACCUAAGGCGCCUCACGAUCGAUGCUCCGAGCGAAUUCCGCCUCAGAGUGCCAAAACGUCCCAGAAAAUGUGACCAUAUUAGAUUCGUACGCUUCAUCCUCAGCAGGCAUACCUAUGUGGUUUCAAUUAACCCACACCUCUACAUGGAGAGGAAAUGGGAAGCAUGCCUCACUGUUCAGCUGGUGCUAGGAAACGGCCAUGAAGAAAUCAUGCUCGUCAACCUUGACCGUAUGUCAGUCUGGCACGACGUCUAUCCUGUGCCUACCGAGACUUUCGACCAUACACUCAUCGUUCCCUCAGCUGGGGAUCCUGAUGCAGAGCUUUGGGUAGAACGAGAGCGCUUCGUCGGAGAAGAGGAGUGGCAAUGA